CAGUAAAGGAUCGAAGUGAAGUGACUAUCGCAUUUAGUUGUGAAGGCGUCAAUGUCCGAAGUCAUUGUUAAAAUAUUAUCACCAAAUGUUUGCAGGAAAGACGGAUUUGAGAGUCAACCUGUUUGAUAAAACUUUGUACUUCUAUUUAUAACGGACAUAUUUGAUAAGAAUUUCAACUACUAUUUAUAUCGACAAGUCUUUUACGAGUCUACCCGGAACCCGGAAUUUAUUCGGAAUUGGAGAAAAUAAAUCGUUUGGUGAACUGGUGGUUUUUAAAAUACUUUAUUGGUACAAUUUUUAUCGUGUGUGAUUAUCUAUUCACUGUCUAAAUUACUACACAAAACAAACUCGUGUUAAAUGUUUGUAUUUAUUGUCCAAAUAAAUGGCGUAGCAACGAAGGUUGACGAUAAAUGUUGUUCUAAUAUUUUCACUGAUAAUACCUUUAAGUUUAAUCCGUAAACAAACGGGUGAAAAUUUAAUAAGACGGUGGUGUACCUAGCAGGUCAAAUAUCGCGUGUAAUAAUUUAUCCAAAAGUGAUUGAGUGAAGCGAUGUAAAACGAAUAAAUUCAACUAAGAAAUCAGUGAUCCAGUGACACUUUUCAACAUGUUUAGUGGUAAUGAUAUUACAUAACUGUUCGUGACAACUAACUUGCAUUUAUUAUGGAUGUAAAUACGAAUCAAGAUGGGCAUGUACCUGAAGCUGGACAGGAAAAUGGUGAUUUUUCGUCUGAAGACCAGGAAAGGUUAAAGCAUGUUUUGUCUGGAUCGUUGGAAAAGUUACCGGCUCAAAGUUCAAAAAUUGUUCGUAUUUUUACAAGUUCAACUUUUACAGAUACUACACUAGAAAGAAAUGCAUUGAUGGAAAAUGUGUAUCCGAAGUUAAAAGAAUACCUUCGUGAAAACUAUGGGCUGGAAUUUCAGGUUGUUGACAUGAGAUGGGGUGUAAGAGAUGAGGCGACAGAUGAUCACAUGACAACAUCACUUUGUAUGCAGGAGAUCCACAACUGCCAGCGGCUAUCUAUAGGACCUAAUUUUGUGGUAUUUCUAGGUCAAAAGUAUGGAUACCGUCCAAUACCAACGCAUAUUGAUGCUAAAGAAUUCGAAAUGAUGAGGGAUUGUAUCAAGGGAGAACCUGAAGAACUUGAACUGAUGGACAAGUGGUAUAUUCAAGAUGAAAACACGGUCCCUCCUGUUUAUAUCCUACAACCAAUCAGUUCGAUUCUUACUAAUUUUAACAACAAAAGACACAAAGGUCUACAAGAUGCCGAUCAAGCAACAUGGUGGGACACGUUUACAAAACUUCAACGAAUUUGCAGAAAAGCUGCGCAAGUUUUAUUCAUUGCAAAAAGGAUUGACAGAGAACAAAUGCACAACUUUUUCAUGUCUGUUACAGAAAGAGAAGUAGAGCACGGUAUAUUGAAGGCUCCAAAUGUAACAGACCACACUUUAGCUUACAUUCGGGAAAUUAGCAAUAUCAAUGUCGGACUUCUCAGGUUUGCUGCCAAAUUUAUUGACUUUGCAGCUCGAAAUGUUGAUGGCGAAGCGCAAAAGUUACUCAAAACAUUACGUGAUGAAAAACUGGCAAAGAAAAUGCCUGAAUCAAAUGUUGCUCGUUUUACUGUGGAUUGGUCCGGAAAGGAAGGAAUCGAUAUGGAAUCUCAUUCAGAUUACAUCAAGGAAUUCACAACACAUUUUCAUACAUCAAUUCUAAGUUUAGUAGAGAGAGCCAUGAUGCAACACGAGAAAUUAUCCCAGGAUCCAGUAUACACGGAAGUCUUACAACAUUCACACGCAUGUGUCAACUUUUGUAAAGUGUUUCAAGGACGACAGGAUAUCAUUGACCAAAUCAAAGCUUACGUUACCGGAGGUUCUAAUUUCCCAUUUGUGUUGCAUGGUGAAAGUGGUUGUGGUAAAACAUCUUUAACAGCCAAAGGAGCAAGUCAAUCACGAUCAUGGUUACAGAAAAAGGAUAACGAGCCAACUCUAGUUCUACGAUUUCUAGGAACAACACCAAACAGUUCGACUAUUAUCCCAUUGUUAACGAGUGUUAUACAACAGAUAUCUCUCCUGUACGACCAGCCGGUUGACAAUAUACCUGAUGAAUUAUCUCCCUUAGUAGGCCAUUUCAAAAAUUUAUUAACACUUGCGUCUGAAGAAAAGCCUAUCGUGCUGAUAUUUGAUUCACUAGAUCAGCUAUCGGGAUCAGAUGGUGCUCAUCAGUUAGCAUGGUUACCAGCGGUUCUGCCUUCUCACGUCAAACUUAUUGUUUCAACCCUCCCAAACAUGUACAAUAUAUUAGAUAAUUUGAAAAUCAUGAUUGAACCGAAAGAAAAUUAUGUUCAAGUAUUGCCACUUGGCGAAGGUUUGAGUACAACGAUUUUGACGUUUUGGCUAAAAAAUGCAAAUAGGACAAUAUCAGAGGAGCAGUGGAAAAUUGUAAAUGAAGCCUUUACUAAAUGCAAUCUGCCACUUUUUGUAAAACUUGUUUUCGAUCAAGUUUGUCGUUGGAAGUCAUAUACAAAACCGCAACAAACUGUUUUAGACUUCACAAUCCAUGAUAGCAUUAUGAAGCUUUUUGAACGUAUUGAAAAUCAACACGGCAAAACAUUAGUGGCACAUGCAUUAGGAUACAUCACUGCAGCAAAAAGUGGAGUAUCAGAGAGCGAGUUGGAAGACUUAUUAUCUUUAGAUGAAAAGGUUUUGAAUGACGUUUAUCAGUAUCACUUGCCUCCAGUUCGGAGGAUCCCACCUCUACUGUGGACACGAAUCCGUAGUGAUCUGCCAGGAUACUUAUCUGAACGAGAGGCUGACGGAGUAAGUGUCAUUAAUUGGUACCAUCGACAAUUUAUUGAAGCAGCCCGAGAGAGGUAUUUCAGAAAUUUGAACUUUGUUGCACAAAUGCAUGCAUCAAAUGCUGAAUAUUUCAUGGGAACAUGGGGUGGAGGAAUUCCAAAACCAUUUGAAUAUUCAGAACACCAACGGCGGAUGUUUCAACUGAACGAAAUGAAAGGCGAAAGUGAUCGUAAAGUUCCUCUACAGCCACUUGCAUUUCAUGACCAGGAUGGCAAGCUUACACGUUACAACCUCCGGAAGUUAAAUGAACUUCCCUUCCAUCUUGUGCGUUCUCAUCAGUACGAAGACUUGUAUAACACAUGUCUUUUCAAUUACAACUGGCUGCAUGCUAAGCUAUGUUCAAUGCCACUGCAAGCGGUAGUGGCGGAUUUUGAAGAUUUGUUAGAACAUGUAUAUCAGAAAGAUGUUAAGUUAAUUGCUGAUGCAAUUCGCUUAUCCAGCUCCAUAUUGAAUCAUUAUCCAAGUAUGCUUGGCCCUCAGAUUACUGGUAGAUUAUUGCCAUACUUCCAGUCUAAUUUGAAUAUUCGAAGUCUGAUUCAGCAGUGUGAUUCCGAUGGUCUAGUCAAUUGUUCGUUAGUCCCUGCUCAUCAUCAUCUUCAUACUCCUGGUGGUCCUUUACAGUUUUCACUGGAAGGUCACCCGUUUGCACCAUUUGGAAUAUGCUGCACGUCUACAGGAAGGUAUCUAGUCUCAGUAUCAAAUAAGUUUAUUAUAUGGGAUCUACAUAGUGGAGAUGUUUUCCGACAAAUCAUUCCAGGAAUAGAAGGCAUAAUGCAAAAUCUCGCAAUAUCACCAAAUGAUAUUUUUGCCGUAAGUUACACAAACAAUAACCAAAUAAUCGUUGCUUGUAUCAUGACUGGUGAUUUUAUAUCAAUAACCCCAACAACCAAAGGAAAUACAGAAUCUGUCAUUGGUACCCAGGUUUCAAAUACACAUGUUGCUGCUUGGACCUCCAAAGAAUGGUAUUUAUACACAAUCAACGGUGUUUAUAUUUCGUCACAUACAAUUCAACUCAAAAUGCCACUGAUGUCAGUCGACUUUGGUGUUGACGAAAAAACGUAUCUUAUUGUUAAAAGUGGCACUGAUCGUGACAAUGACAUGGCUAUAGAGGUUCAAGACCAAUCUAUAGAACCAUUUGAAUUUCAUAGUGCAAUAGCUGUAUCCAAAGAUAAGAUGAUUCUAUAUACAUGUAUCGAAAUAAGCGAUAAUAAUAUUGCUGUUUACAAGAAAUCGGAUGAUGCCUGGCACUACGACAGAACUUUAGGAGAUAAUAAAGAUAUGGUGUUCAGUUUAACUCUAUCUGAAGAUGAGAACUAUCUUGUUGCGACAAUAGCUUUAGGUUUCAAAUUGUGGAAUUUGAAAAAUGAUUCAUUAGUGGAACUUAAACUUCCUCCUGCUACCAGAAACAUUCCUAAUAGGAAUCCACUACUGAGUUCAGUGGUCUUUACGAGAAGCAACCAUUUUGUCGUGGCUGCUGUGCGGAAGAAUUUGUAUGUAUGGGAUACAAAGCAAGGGAAUAUGGUUAAGGUUCUAGAUGCUCACUUUGGAAGAAUUAUAGCCCUGACAUCAGUAACAGCAGGAACAAACAAACUCAUAUCAUCCUCUAUCGACAAGACAAUCAAGGUCUGGAAUUUCGAUAACAUUUUGGAAGAAGUGUUCUCUAUUGAUAGGCUUGAAAAACCUAUUGAACACAUCCAUCUAGCACGCGAAACUCAUUUUGGCGUCACUACAAGUCGUAACUGUGUGGGUGUGUGGAAUUUAGCGACAGGAAAAUUAGAACAUUCACUGGAAACCAAAUCUGUUGUCUUACUUGCCGUUAUCAACAAGGACGCAAAGUUUGUCGCUGCUGCAGAAACUGGCAAAUUGGUGAUUUGGGAAAUAAGUCAGGAAACCGUAGGAAAAUCAAUUCAGCAAAAAGAUAUUCAGCAACUGUUAUUGAAUGAGGAAGAUACUCGUGUCAUAGCAAUAGGUACCUUGGGUUUUAACAAAGGUCAUUGUGUUGCAUACACUUUUCCCGAAGGCGAAUCAGUGUUCACAUUUGAAUACAACAUUAAAAAGUUCAAAAAGGGAGUUCUUACUAUGGAUGGGUCAUUUCUUGCUGUUCCAGCAAGCGAUAAAAGUGGAGAUAUACUCGGUGUAUAUCAUGCUAAAACUGGAACACACUUGUACAACUUGCAAUUGAAGUAUAAUGAUUACAAAGAACUGACAUGUUUAAAGCCGAUGCCACAUGAUCCGAACCAAAUUGUUGUAGUUGAUGAAUUCAAAGGUAACAUACUUGAUUUAAAGAAAAAAACUUUAGUGCGAUCUACUACUAGAUGGAACGGCAUGGCGAUGAAAACCGGAAAACAGGGACUUUUUGCACCAAAUCGAGGAGGUCUAGAACUUUUAGACUUAAAAUCUGGCAAAACAUUACGAACAUAUAUUCCUCGAAUUGCAGAAGGUGUAUUCAGUAUCGACGUUAUGUUUACAGAAAACGACCGCCAUGUUGUGUAUUAUCAUUCUGGUCAUCGCACUAUCCGCGUGUUCCGUAUAUCAGACGGUAAGCGUAUCGCAAAUUACAAAGCGCACGCAGAAGUUAAAGUCAUGUCAUGUACACCGGAAGGUGGUACGCUAGUUAUAGGGGCAGUGGACGGUAGUUUUACUGUGUUAACAAUAGCCGAUCCGGAGUACGAAGAAAGUGUCGAACUUUUGCAGUGCUUACCGAGUAGAAAUACACAGGGCAAUCAGCAAAAUGGCUAUCGGGCAAACGGUGAUAUCAUUCAAGGCAAGAAUAGUAUGGGGACAGCAUUACAAGUGGCUAGAUUUGUUGCAAAGGCACGAGCAGCACAGAAGUCAAGGGCAUGUUGUAUAUCUUGACAAAUAUUGUUGCUAAGGCACGAGAAGGACAGAAGUCGAGGACAUUUUGUUUAUCUUGUCAAAUCAAUAUUUGUGUAGUUGUUACUAGCAAUAGCAAAACCAUUUGUAAUUCAAAGAUGAGCUUUUUCAAUAGAUAUAUAUUUGAUUUAUUUUUUAGAAAACAACUUAAUAUUAAUUGCAAGGUAAUAAAAAUGAUUAAUAUAAUAAAGUUGAUAUAAUAAAAUCAUAAUUGAUAAAAACUCAUUCAAAACAUAUUAGUUCCAGUUUUAUAAUUUUAGAAUCGACCGAAAUAGCUCAGAAUUUCAAAAUAUAGCCAUCGUUAUACACGAGUUAAGCGUGGCUCUGAUGAUAGCUUUCAAAGACAAUAAUAUACAGUUUAUCCAAAGAAAAUGAAAUAUUUAAUUGAUUUCCUUUCUUUCCCCUUUUAUUUGAAUAUUUAAAGUCAAAGUUUUAGUUUGCAUAUGGAUAACAAUGAGGAUUUUUUUUUAGAAUUAUGAUGAAUAAGAUUUUUGUUUAAGGUAGAAGAAUCCUAGUGCUACUUGCAUGCCGAUUUCUUGAUUUUACAAUUACAAAAUGUAUAAGGUUGUGCAAUAAACUAUGACUCUUUGAAUUACUUACUAGGUAUGCAGUAAUUAUUAAUACGAUAUCUUAGAAUGUGUUUAUUUCAUUUUCAAAAAAAUACAUGUGCUUUGAAAUUAUUGUUCAUAUGACACCAGUGCCAUUUUUAUGUUAUGAUAUAUUUUUGUUAGUACAAUAUUAAAAAUCAUAUGCUUGGAAUGUGUCUGCAUUUACAUGUAGCUAUAGAAAUAGUGCUAAAUUUUAUUGCAAAUUUACCUCUUCCAGGAAAGGCAUACAUUGUAAUAUGAAAUAUACUUUAUAUUUGAUAAGGAAAAAAAAAAUAUAGUAUAAAUAGCAUAGUAAACUGAAAUAACGAUAAUUGAUAUUAUAAGAGAGGUUGGAAUCGUCUAUAGUCAAGCAUCAUGAAAUUCUUCGAACUCAAAUGUCUGUAGGAACUAAACAAAUUCAUCAGUUGGAAAUGUUUUUCCGGUAGCUUAUGCAUGAAUAUGUUAACAUUUGGGUCUUAGAAACAGGAUUAUUUUAUUAGUUGUUUCUGGCUUUGAGAUAGCUUUAAGUAACGACGAGUACUCUCAGGUCUGAGUUUUUGUUAGGGGUUUUGUGCUCUGUAUCGAUAUGAUCAGUUAAGCAUCUUUCAUAUAUAAGCUCGCAAUAAUGACGACUUCAGUAUGUACACAAAGACAAAGGCCAAUAUGCAUAGAAGCUUGGUAUACAGUAGUUGUUUCUAGUAUACAUUAGUGGAUAUAUUUUACAAACCAAACGAUAUAUACCGUCGGCGUAUAAAAACAUUCAUGCAAAUGCUAAAAACGAAUUUAACUUGUAUUAAUUUUGUGAUACUUGCAUACAUGUGUGUCAAAGGUUGAAUCUAAAUAUCCUUGAAAAGGAAUUAAGAAUGUAAUCGAGAUUUCUAGAGGCCUUUAUUUUUAGCAAAUAAAUUGUAUCAUUAUUUAUUGAUUCAUUCAAAAUGAAUAUAAUUCAUAAGACAUUAUACAGUCGCUUAGUGAACAUUAUUUCUGAAGAUGUGAAGACAAUCGUCUUAAAUAUAUCAUUCUUGUUACUAUAUAUUUUAAUAUUAUAUUGUUUGCACUAGUUAUAGAUCACCUUUUAAUAUUGCUGUCAAUAUUUUGUGUAGAUUGGUCCAGUGGUUCGAAUAAAACAAGAAAUAUGAUGAACAAGUCUCUUAGAGUAAAAGUAUGAAAGUAUUUAUUAUAGUUAUGUUCUAAGUGAACAAAUUGUUGCAUUUUACGAUAAUAUUUUUCUUUUUAUUUAAAAACUAUAAUUCAACUCUGCAUCAGUGCAUUAUGUUCACACCUGUUACUUAUAUUUUAUGUAAAUCAAAAAUUUGGCAAUUUGGUUUUCAAAUCAAAAUAAGUUUUGUUUCAGCUACAUCUCCCAUCCUUUCAGCUACAUCUCCCAUCCUUUCAGCUACAUCUUCCAUCCUUUCAGCUACAUCUUCCAUCCUUUCAGCUACAUCUUCCAUCCUUUCAGCUACAUCUCCCAUCCUUUCAGCUACAUCUUCCAUCCUUUCAGCUACAUCUCCCAUCCUUUCAGCUACAUCUCCCAUCCUUUCAGCUACAUCUUCCAUCCUUUCAGCUACAUCUCCCAUCCUUUCAGCUACAUCUUCCAUCCUUUCAGCUACAUUAUCCUUCCUAUUCUCAUCCAAUAUUCUGAUGUUGAAGUUAGAAUUGUUGUUCAUUCGAUUGGGUAAAUAUGAAAAGCUGAACCAACUCAUUGCGACUUGAUAAUAGAGAGUUGUCUCAUUGGCAUUCAUACCACAUCUUCUUAUUUAUUUAGACCGGUGUUAACGGAUUGGCAAAACAAUUGGUGCACUACAAAAAAAACCUUUGUGUAAAUGAAAACGACAGUGGUGUUAUUGAUUUAGAUUAUAUUGGUAUAUGAGAGCUACAGUAGUCAUUUAAAUUCAAUGAAUUUUUAUUGCAAUAUUAUAUUUGUUCUUUGUUGUUUAUGAAUAAAAAUUCAUGUUGAACUGUUUUAA